UACAAAUAUGCCGGCCCUUGAGGAGAAACCCCGAUUAUAUAUGGACGAGUAUAAACUCAAACAGGAUCCACACGAUUAUGGCCUAGCGGAUGAACCAAUUGACAUUGAAACAUACAAGGCAAAAAUGAAAAUUGUAAUUGUCAGAUAUGAAGGUGAUGAAUUGGAAUUCGAUUUAAUUGGUGUACAUCCCGCAUUUGCCAAUGCUUUUCGCCGCCUGAUGCUCAGUGAAGUUCCCAGCAUGGCAUUUGAAAAGAUCUACAUUUACAACAACACAUCAAUUAUACAGGAUGAAGUGUUGGCCCAUCGCCUUGGUCUAAUACCAUUGAAAGCAGAUCCACGCCUAUUUGAAUAUCGCAGUGAAGAAAAUGAACAAGGCACCGAACAUGACACUUUGGAAUUUGAACUGAAAGUCAAGUGCACCAGACGCAAAGACAUUAAGGACUCGUCAAAUUUUGAUACCAUCUAUAAAAAUCACAAAGUACAUUCAGGACAAAUUAAAUGGUUGCCGCGUGGUAAACAAGCCCAGCUAUAUUCGGAAUCAGAUGUUGGCUGUAUACAUGAUGAUAUUUUAAUAUCGCAGAUGCGUCCCGGUCAUGAAUUCGAUUUGAAAAUGGUUGCCGUUAAAGGUAUUGGCAAAGAUCAUGCCAAAUUUUCACCAGUUGCUACAGCAUUUUAUAGACUGUUGCCGGAAAUUAAAUUGAAACGCCAAGUCAAAGGCAAAGAUGCACAAAUGCUGCAAAAAUGUUUUUCACCCGGUGUCAUUGGCAUUGAUGAGAAUGAUGUGGCCUAUGUUAAGGAUGCCCGUUAUGAUACAUGCAGCCGUAAUGUCUAUCGUUAUCCCGAGUUGGCUGAUGCUGUUGAAAUGUCAAGGGUACGUGAUCAUUAUAUCUUCUCGGUGGAAUCUGUGGGUGCAUUAAAGCCGGAUGUAAUUUUCGUUGAGGCAGUUAAAGUGCUGAAGAAGAAGUGUCGUAAAUUUCUGGAAGAAAUCGAAGCAGCGUAG